UAUACAAUCCACUUUCCUUUAUUCUUUCUGAUUCUGGCUCAGUCUUUUCAUCAACCUCCAAUUCUUCGAUCUCUUGUAGAGGUUUGAGAAUGAUUAUUUUUAAUUAAGCCAUUCCAUCCACACAACGGAAUGGCUGACGAUAAAAAAAAGUCUAAGAAAGGAGAUGCCGCGGCAUCUCCCGGAGGUUCGAAAAAAGACUCCAAGAAGGCAGAAAAGAAAGUGAGCAAUGUCUUCUCGGCUUUUUCUCAAAGGCAAAUUGCAGAGUUCAAGGAGGCUUUUCAAAUGAUGGACCAUGACAAGGACGGCAUAAUUGGGAAGGGAGAUCUCAAAGCGACAUUUGAUGAUUUAGGGAAAUCCGUGUCAGACUCGGAAUUGGAAGCACUUGUGAAUGACUCCCCUGCCCCAAUAAAUUUCGGUGGGUUGUUGACCCUCUUUGCGGCACGGAUGUCUGGCAGUGCAGAUGAGGACGAUGUGGUCAUCGCUGCUUUUAAAACGUUCGACGAAGGAGGAAAGAUUCCGGCAGACAAACUUCGCAAAGCCUUGACGACAUUUGGCAUGAAAUUUACGGACAAAGAUGUCGAGGACGCCUUUUCCCAAAUGAAUAUCGAGGGUGGUCAAAUAGAUACGCAAAAGUUGAUUGGGAUGUUGACAGCUUCCGGGGGUUCUGAGGAUUAAUACAGAAUUGGCACUGGAAUUUCUACCCACCCUUAAAUGACCUUUUGACCUCCACCCUGUCCUUUAACCUGGUCCUUCACCCGACAGAGCCCUUGGUCCUCACAAUACGGUGCCCUUCCGCCCAGUACCAAGAUGAAUGCUGACUACAAAAAUCUAAAAGUUGUUAGAUGUGGAACUGAAAGAAAUCAUUGCUAAUAAUUUCUCCGCACACAAUCCUCAGCCAAGGAAAUCCAUUCAGUUAUUAUUAUCAAUUUUUGUUCAACAACACAAUCCGUGAACUUGUAGAUUUUUAUUGAGCACAACGCCUGUUUCAAUCCAAUUUCUGCCAUCAUUGUAAUAAAUGCCCAAUCAAUUGGAA